GAUAGCCAGGCUAAUUAGUAGGACUGUUCUAUUGCACUAUAUAUCACCAGUAUUACUCCACUUGCACUGGCUGCCAGUUUGGUUCCAGACUCUGUUCAGGUACAGAUUCUUAACUUUAAAGCCCCAAACAGUUUGGAUGCAAAGUAGAUGAAGGACUGCCUCCCCUAUAUGAAUAUUUUUGCUACUUUUGAUUAUUUACGUCUCCCCUCUUUUGAAGACACAGUUAGUGAGCAUAGGGAGAGGGCCCCUCUCAACGGCAGCCCCCAGUUAUAACAAUCCUUGCCCCAGGAGAUUGGUCUCGCUCCUUUGGCCCUUUGUUGGUUUCGGGGCCACUUAAAAACUCAUUUGUUUAAAGCAACUUUUCACCUGCAAUGAUAGCUUAGAAGUGGCCUCUCUGUUUUGCAACUUUUUAUUCUGUGUCUGUCUAGCAUUGGUCAUGGUUUUACUGUUUAUUGUAUGUUAAUGUUUAUUAAUUAAUUGUUAAACACCACUUUGAGUGUUGUUGGAAAGGCAAGAUACAAAUAUUUUUAAUAAAUAAAUACCAGAGGGAAUUUUAAAAACAAACUAAUAUAACAACCAAGUAAAGUGUGUAGUUACAGAUUGUAAUGAAUGGUCAUAAAACCAUUUCACACCAAUAUGCUCUCAUGCCUGCCAGGGACUUCCCAAUCACUUUAAUGAAGGGCCAGUUUGCUCCGUGCACAGAUUUUCAUGCACAGAGCCUCUCUCUGCAGUGAAAUGCACAGGGGUGAUCUUGUGGGAAGAGAAGUUCCAUGUUCAAAGCAAAGUGCACACUGGUUCUGAAAUGAUGGCAUGUAGAUUUCUCAGGUUGCUGUCUGCCACCCCAAGGACUAUAUUGGCUGACUAGGGUAUGUGUCGCUUUUUUGGUCUUCAGAUGGACAUUUUCCAAUCUGAUCUAAAUAGCAAGAAUGGCUUUUCAGUCAAUGGAGCAUGUUGUUUCAAAUCACAUCCUGUUGGGCUCCGGUCCACUUGCCACCUGUUUUGCCAAAUGAAUUCUUUCUUGAAAGAAUUCUGGUAAACAGAUGUUUAUGCUUCUUUAGAAAAGAACAAGAAAAGAAAUGGGAGGCAGAGAACUGGCUGUACUUUCAGGCCAGUACUGUCCAAUAUUGGAAAAUCUUGUAGAGAGAAUGUAGUCCUAUUUCAUGUGAUCAGAUCUGUUCAUAAGAAUCAUGGAGGUGGGGAGUAGACUCUUACCUAAAGCUGAAAGCAAAACAAUACCAGCUAAGUAAAAAUGAGGGGUGAUUAAAUUCCAUUCUCUGCCCAAGCUCCACAGAGUCAAAGAUGUUCCUGACUAUUGGCAAUUCGUCUUCAUUGGAACUCUGGGAAAGGCCUGUGUCUCGAUUUCCUGGGCAUGUUUUGGAAGCAUUAUCAGUUGUGAGUGAAGAUCAGUCUUUGUUUGAGUGUGCCUACGGAACUCCCCACCUUACUAAGACAGAGAUGACAGCCUCCUCCUCCAGUGAAUAUGGGCAGACAUCCAAGAUGAGUCCACGUGUCCCCCAGCAGGACUGGUUAUCACAACCUCCAGCCAGAGUCACCAUCAAGAUGGAAUGCAAUCCAAAUCAAGUUAAUGGCUCAAGGAAUUCCCCUGACAACUGCAGUGUGACUAAAGGAGGAAAGAUGGCCAGCAACACAGAAAAUGUUGGCAUGAACUAUGGAAGCUAUAUGGAAGAAAAGCACAUCCCACCACCAAACAUGACCACCAAUGAACGGAGAGUAAUUGUUCCAGCAGACCCCACGUUAUGGAGCACAGACCAUGUACGCCAGUGGCUGGAAUGGGCUAUCAAGGAAUAUGGUCUUCCAGAUGUAGACAUCUUGCUGUUUCAGAAUAUUGAUGGGAAAGAAUUGUGUAAGAUGACCAAAGAUGACUUCCAGAGGCUCACACCAAGCUAUAACGCAGACAUUCUCCUCUCACACUUACACUACCUCAGAGAGACUCCUCUUCCACAUUUGACUUCAGAUGAUGUUGAUAAGGCCUUACAAAACUCUCCACGGUUAAUGCAUGCUAGAAAUACAGGAGGUGCAGCUUUUAUUUUCCCAAAUACUUCAGUUUAUCCUGAAGCAACACAAAGAAUUACCACCCGGCCAGAUAUACCUUAUGAACCAGCCAGGAGGUCAGCAUGGACAAGCCACAGUCAUCCAGCUCCCCAGUCAAAAGCUGCCCAAGCAUCAUCUUCAACAGUGCCUAAAACAGAAGACCAGCGUCCUCAGUUAGACCCCUACCAAAUUCUGGGACCAACCAGCAGCCGUCUUGCAAAUCCAGGAAGUGGUCAGAUACAGUUAUGGCAGUUCCUGCUGGAGCUCCUUUCAGAUAGCUCUAACUCCAAUUGCAUAACUUGGGAGGGCACCAAUGGAGAGUUCAAGAUGACCGACCCUGAUGAAGUAGCCCGGCGCUGGGGGGAAAGGAAGAGCAAACCCAAUAUGAACUAUGACAAGCUGAGUCGUGCUCUCCGUUACUACUAUGACAAAAAUAUUAUGACUAAAGUCCAUGGUAAGCGUUAUGCCUACAAGUUUGAUUUCCAUGGAAUUGCUCAAGCCUUGCAACCACAUCCUCCAGAAUCAUCCAUGUAUAAAUAUCCAUCAGACCUGCCCUACAUGAGUUCCUAUCAUGCACACCCACAGAAAAUGAACUUUGUUACUCCCCAUGCUCCUGCUUUGCCUGUCACUUCCUCCAACUUUUUUGCGGGACCCACUCCAUAUUGGAAUUCACCAACUGGAAGUAUCUACCCUAACACUAGGCUUCCAGCUACCCAUAUGCCUUCUCACCUUGGCACUUACUACUAAAUGAAGAAACAUAUUUUAAAAGGACACUUCUCCAUGCAAGGAAUCAUAAUGGAUUUUAUUGGAGAACAUGAACAAAAAGUGCCUAAAAGACAUGAUAAGGUUGACUGGGAACAAAAGAUGUCAUAUAAAAAUGAUUUUUUUAAUAAGGAUUACAAGAGAGUAUUAUGUUUAAAGAUGCUACUAUGUAGAGUAUGUUGACAUCGAACCUACAGCUCAAACAAUGAAAUGUUGUUCUAGGAAAAAGUUUGUAAUGAUAUACCACAAAAGGGGAGGUUGGUCAGAAAAGGUUUAUAAGCUUUUAUGUCCUGUUUGAUAUCAUUCUAAUGCAAACUGGGACUCUACUCCAGCAAUAUAAGAAUAAUUCUCUUACAAUAUAGGAUACAGUACAUAAAAAUCAUAAAAUACUACCUGUAUUUUAAAAACAGAAAUACAGAACAAUGUCGUAAUAUUUGACUAGAGCAGAACCUGAUUUUGAGUACAACAAUUGUAUCUGGGAUGAAGUUAAAUGCAUUCCAUUUUUAAGAGGGAGGGAUCAGCUAUUUCAAACUGUGAAGACAAUGCAAGCUUUAGGAUUCCUUGACAGUGUUAAAAGAGCUCUGAGCCAAACAUUGGGACUGAGAAUGUGCUGAAGGGCAAGUGUAUGAUUGUAGACUAAGGGCAUAACACUUCAGGAAGUUCUCCUGUGCAAACCCUAUUGAAAUGAAUGGGAGCUGCGCAAGAGCACUACUGUAACCUUGUGUCUGAUACAUGAAGUGGAAAGGGGUAGGAGGAGGACAAAGGCGAUAAGAAUGAAGCAGAAGACAUUUCCUCUAGAGAUGGGGGAACCUGAAAACUGGACAGUAUUUGAACUAUGAAGAAUUAUUUGUUUGGACUUGAGAAUUAUUGUGUUGAGUAUUAUGCCAUUUCCAGUAUUAUCAAAGAAAAGACUUGAUUUUUUUUAAGUCCAAAAAGGGGGGAACAGUAGUAUCAGAGUAUGCAUCUCUUUAUACAAAUGUUAAACUGGAAUUGUCUGAUAUUUAAAAAGAACAUUUAGGACCUCAUUCUUCUUAGGGGAAUUUGUUUUCUGACGGUUGAAAGUAAGAAACAAUCCCCAGUUGCCAAAGUCUGAAAUCAUAUAGAUAUUUUUGUUAGGCAGCGCCAGUUUUUCUUUUCCGAGUCGCGAACGCUGUGCGUUUGUCAGAAUGAAAUAUACAAGUCAACGUUAUUUUUUCUUUUUAUAUAAUAAUUAUAUAACUUAUGCAUUUAUACACUACGAGUUGAUCUCGGCCAACCAAAGACGCAGUAAGGGACAAUCAGAAAUAUUGUGGCCUUGAAUUUUAACUCUGUAUGCUUCAUGUUUACAUUAUGAACUUAACUAGUACUUAGAAAGCAGAAUGUAUGUAAUAAAAUAAGCUUGGCCUAGCAUGGCAAUUCAGAAUGA